CUGCCUUGCACAUAGACCAUGCCUCUUACUAUUUAAAUGAGAAUGAUAUGCAAAUGCAUCCUAACAGUGGUCAGCAAACUGCCCUCACCUGCCUGUGCAGCUAUGGGUGCGGGUCAAGUUGAUUGAGGCUUCUUCCGGAAAUGUAUACCAUGUCCGGACACCAGAAAAGGGGUUAUGUGACCCCGAGAUUGUCGCAGCAGCUCCAUGCAGGGCCCUGGCCCUAGCCCUGGUCACCCCAGCCACACCCAGGAUGGCCAUCUGCCUGCCUGGGACCGGGCUCCUUGCUGGGGCCUGUGCCGACUGACUGACCAACCAACCAACCAACCGCCUCUGGAGUUUCUCCCUAGUCUCAGGACUAGGGCACAAACCACAGAAACGGUCUGAGGAAACCCACUGGUGGGCACAUGCUAGCCAGGCCUCCCUGAAGGUCACCCCCACUCGCUGUGUCCCUCCCCGGGCCAGGACAGCCCCACAGGCACUCUGAGGACACCGGCUUGGUGUGGCCUCCGGUGACCCAGGAGGUGCUGGCUGUGAGUGCCUCAAAGGCCAGUGAACCAAGGAAGGGGCAUCAGGGGACCUUCUAGGGAAGGGGUGUUCUGGAAACAUCCUUCCACUCAGCUACCUAGUAUUUACUGUGGUUUGAGUGCAAGUCUACACAGCAAAUUGGUUUUCUCGUCAACAAAACCCACACAUCUUGCUUAACAACUUUCCCCACCUCCUAUCUCCUUCCUCCCAGCUGUGGCCUCUGCUGAGCAUUGGGCACCACUCAGGAAGGGAGUUGGGUGUAGGGGUGCCAGGGUGCCAUUGUGGGACUGUGGGCCCAGCUUUGCCAUGCAGAGGGCGCCACUGAGCUCUCCACCGGAGGUCAGGCUUGGCCAGGGCCAGGCUCCGAGGCGCUGCACCUCUGGGCCAGCAAGACAACCGCCGGCCUGGGGACCCUUCAUGCAGCCCCCAGAGACAGGACAGACAGGGAAGAGCACCGAGGAUGCGGGGACUGGCCACCAAACAAAACACACACCAAGUGCUGAAGGGAAGACCAGUCUGCCCUGUAACUUUCGCACAAAUCACAAUGAACAUUUAAAGGGGGAGGUGACCCCCUUUAAAGCCUGAAGAAGGCUACCUCUGCCCAAACCUUGCCCAUGCCCUCAGGCUGUCUCCUGGGCCAUCUCAGCCCCCACCUAGCCUUCAGGCCGCCCCUUCACUGCCCACGUUCAGGUGUACGUGAGGUGCCUGAAACCCCCUUGGUCUGGGGCAUGGGCGCCUUCCUGCUCUCUCUCGAGAGUCAUGUGCAGCAGACCUGCCCACCGUGAAGCCUCCUCUGAGCUCACAGCUGCUGCUUCUGUGAGCACUGACUGGUCCAAGCAAGACAAAAUCCUUGGCUACGCUGGUCUUUUCUCCCUCGAUCAAGACAUGGAUCCGCCCAGUUGUGAGGACUUUGGCUCCUGGGACUGUGAAUGCUGGGACCGAAGUCAAGUCUCGAGACUCAUCUUGGAGUGGGGGGUGUGGCCUGCACACGCCCAGGUGACACAGAUGCCAUCUCAGAAACACAGGGAUCCAGGGAGCUUCUUUGGACUCGGCGUCCUGGGGGGAGAGCCUUGCUCCCAAAGGCCCUGGUCACUGCGUUCCUGUGGAGCGGAAUUCCUGAUGGAUCAGCAGGAGUGGGCUGGCCUCCUCCUGGCAGGCGAGCACGGUGUCCUGGCCCCAGCACGCACUGCUGUGUCUGUGGGACACCACCUGGCCCUGUUCCCAUGGACAAUAAUGCAGAGGGAGAGGACUCUGCAGCCGACGCUGGGCCAUCACCACCACCCGGAUGCCACGGGCUCCCCAUCUGAGCCCCCGGGAGCCCAUCCCGCCGAGCCUGACCCUGGCGAUGGACAGAUUCCAUGCUGGACAGCCAGCUCGUUCCAAAGGAUCUGUCACUGCCACCUGCUGCGGCAACGCUUCCUCAGAGCUGUCACUGCCACCCAUUACAGAUGAGGUUCUGAGGCCCAUUGGCAGAUUAAACAGCACAUCGAGACACAGACCUGCUCUGGCAUCCAGGUCUGUACGUCUGGGAAGCACUGUGUCUGUUAUCCAGUCUUUGCGCACACGCGGCAGUGCAUGUGCGACUCAAACCAUUGUCCACCGCCCCGUUGGGUGGGAGCCUUCUUCACGUGGGGGGUCUGCUGUUAUCGUUAGGGGCAUUCCUCAGGUUUCAGCCUUAAGAUCAAGAUCUGAGUCCGCCCGAUCGUGUUCCUGAAGGAGUGCUGGCGUUCCCUGGGCAAUGCAUGCCUCUCGCACGGUUCUGCUACCUUUCUUUCCUGUCUUACUACAAAGGCCACAGGCUGGGGGUGCUGGGCUCGUCGCUGAAAGGGACGAGGCCAGCCCAGCCUCGCUAUCAGUCAGAAUCCAGGUUUCUCCUUAUUUAACAGAGGCCUGGUGGGGAUGGUCUCCUCUCCGUUGUGAAAAGGGAGAUCUGCCGUGGGCGGUAUUCCCAAGCAGGCUUUUGUCCGGGAAGACUCCACUGGGGCUAGGAGACUGCCCUGCCUCUCUGGCUGUCCCUACUCAUGUGGCCUGGCUGGAGACUGGCAGUGGGUCAUCCUCCACUUCCGGUUCCCAGCUCUGUAUCCCAGACUUCCCCUUGCUUCUCCCUCCAAACACCAGCCCUAAGAGACCUCCCGAAGAGAGAGGGCGGACGCCUUGCCACCUCUCGGGCACGCUCCACUGUCCUGCCCGAUGCAAGGGAGUGGCCCUGCUGCCGUCCUGCCCGGUCCCCACUGCCCACACUGCCAGCUGCUCUGGGCUUCCUGGAAGAACUUGUGUGGUCUCAGUGGUGACCAGUCUCCUGGUUCCUGUGCGGUGGGCAGUCUGCUGUCUCUUUUUUCUGUUUGUUCUUCCUGUUUUUAAGAUGUCUCAGUGUCUUGGUGGGAGGAAGGAGGAGGAGCAGUGUAGAGCGCCCCCCCUCCCCCCUCCCCUCCAGAGCCAACAUCUAACCUGGCCGGCUGCAGACCCCUCGCUCCUUAAAAAGAGCAUGUGAACACAGAGGACACGAGUCCCCCGAGAUGGCCGUGCUUGACACAGUUGGGGGCACGUCUGGCAUGCUGUUCUUCUGUGCAGACAGAUGAAGGGAGAACCCUGUCCUCUCCCGGGUCAUGGGCUCAGAUCUGACAGCUGCUCUGGGCAGGCGACACCGUGCUGUGGGGCGAGGGGCAGGUGAGGAGGCAUGGGCACUAGCCCCUUGGCCCAUAGCAGUGGCCCCUCGCUCCUGAGGGGAGGUAAUUGGCUGCUCACCCUCCAGCCCUGGCACAGGUUGGCACUCUGACCCUCGGCCACUUGUGGAAACUGGCAGCUUCUGGGCAGGUCCGGCCAUGGGCCCCAUCCACCAGGGGAAGCGCUUCUCCUGGUAUAGGCCAGGUCCUCUGGCCAGCAGUGGUUUUCCAGCAGCUCUGGACCUGCCCACUGGGGUUCGGAGCGAAGGACAAAAUGACAGCCCUGAGUAGAAUCUGAAUGAAAUGUCUUUCCCAGCAGGGGUGCCUGCAAAGGCACUUUUAGAUGCACGUGGGAGAAACCCGGAUUUCCAAAGUCUGGAAAUGUUACGAACGCGCGCGCACACACAUACACACACACACACUUUCCCAUGCAUUACAAAGCGGGAAGUGCGUGGUUAUUUCAGCUCCCGUGCUCCCUGAGAUGGUGUGGGGACUUUGGGGGCCACAGGGCACUCAGAGGGCCUUCCCGUGGACCAGCCGCUCUGAGGACGGAGUGUGUCAUCAAAACUGGGGGCGGGUCAGGAGGGCAAGGCCUCCCUGGCAGUGCCACUGAUCUUGCAGACUCGGAGUGCGGGUGCUGAGACCUGGGGCUGGGCGACCAGAAUGUGCUACAUGGUGGCUCAUGCAUGCACUUUGGGAACAGAUUUGACUGGACUCCUGCCCCCUCUACACUGCCCACAACUCCUCAUCUCCAUGUUGGCUUCUGGCCCCAGACUGCAACCCCAGCCCACGGCCACGCACCAGCACUCUGCUCCAGCCCCAACAAGCUGCCUGUGGGGUGAGCGGGGCACAGGUGAUGAUGAUGAUGGGAAGGCCUGGAAAGCCUAUGUGGCCCGGGCCACCCAUGAACAGGUGAUGCGGAAAAGACCGCCAUGGGCACAGUGACAGACUCGAGUGAAAAAGGGAGGAGAUUGCACAACAGCCGUCUGUGCCGCUGGUCUGACUGCAUCUGGUGCCCACCCUGCAGCCACAACAGUGUGCCUUCGAGAGUGGGACACUCAAUGGCAAAGGUUGGCAGCAGGUGCCCUGAGGCUGUGGGACCUUGCUGUGUGAGAUGCACUGUCCUUGGUGCAUACAGUCGAGGUUGUCCACGUAUUGGACUCACAAGAUUAACCCACCCACUGCCAUCGAGUCAAUUCCAACUCACAGUGACCCUACAGGGCUGACGGGAACUGCUCCUGAGGGUUUCCAUGAGGGAGCAGAUGCCCAGCCUUCUCCUGAGCUCAAGGUCAGCGGAUGGUCUCCAUCCACCACCCCCCCCUUAGGAAGCACCAGCAGGCUAAUGAGCUGCCUGAGACGUGAACUCCCUUCACUGAGUGCAGCCAGCCAAGAGGAGGUGCCUUGGCUCUGGGCCCUGCUUAUGCCACUGACCCAAAGUCAGAACACACCCCGCCUCAGAGUUGAUUCCAACCCGCAGUGCCCUCAUGGACAGUGAGGAGCUGUCACCAUCAUGAACGUGGCCUCUCGCAGUUCCUUCUCGGAGUGGGGAGUGGGCGAGCAGCUGAGCACACUCUCCACUGCCCUGCUUCUCUGCGUUCAAACCAAGUGCCACAGAAAUGGCUUACGUGUCACUCUGAAGAAAGGUUUCUUCCCAGGAAGACCCAGACUCCACUUUGGGGAAUCCACAAGACGUGCAGGUGAAGCUACUUUAAGGCCAUGCUGACUGAGGUGCAGACAGGGUGACGUCUAGAACAGAGGAUGCGGGAACUAUUCGGAAGUCCUUUUAAAGCUAGCCGGCAGAUCACCAGCUUUGGGCAACAGUCUCUUCUGUUAGUUUCAUAAUAAAAAGAGGUAUGUACAAUA